UCCACCCUCUUCACGGCCUCCCCCAACCACCCACCGCCGACGCACCGGAACUCCCUCGCCGCAAGCACGCGCCGGAAGGGGACGAGCCAUCAAACAACCACGUCGGGGAGUGAAACGAACAAGCCCAGCACUAGCUCGCCGCCGGAGAAGCAAGAAAGCAGCCGUGAUGAGAAGGGCGGUGUUUUUUACGAUGAAUUUGGAGUGUCGAACAUGGCAAUGGACGAAAACGCCCCGGAGGAGGAGGACGAUUUCUUUGAGGGAAUGGCGGAGCUGGGCGAGUCGCUGAAAUUGGACGACGCCGGAGAUUCCUUCUCCGAUAACUUUCAGGACGCCAUGCAGUUCCAAUGUUGGCUUCCGAACAAUGCCAAUCGUGCAGGGGAUCAUGCCGGCGCACGUGAUGGCCGACGUCCAUCACGUGAGGAUCGACACGGAGCAGAGGUUCGAUCGGUUGGACAAUUCGUUCAAGCGGAUCGAGCAGCAGCUUGGCGCCAUGAAAAUCGGCUUGGACGAGGACGGCGGCGGCGGGUGGUUGGGGGAGGCCGUGAAGAGGGUGGAGGAGGAGCAGAGGUGGUGCGAGGACGAGGAAAGAAGAAAGAA